AAUCCAACACCCGAAAGUUCACGACCAAAGAUACAAAGGGUGGCAGAGUAUGUCGGAUUCGGAAAUAGAAAUUUUUUUGCCAAGCAUUACUCACCCAAGUUGGUGUCAAUAGGUCCUAUCCAUCAUGGCAAUACAAAUCUGAAGUUAGGAGAGAAGUACAAGCUUAUGUGGGCAGCAAAAUACAUCAAAAACACCAGAAAAGUUCAGAAGGAUAUGCACAACAAGAUUGCUGAUAAUAUUGAUGAACUGAAGGGUCAUUUUAGUGACGAUGUUUUAACUUUAACCGGAAAGUCUCUUGAAGGCUUUGGUAGCAUUAAAGAAAAGCUGUCGUGGAUGUUGUUCGUGGAUGGAUGUUCUUUGCUGCAUAUCAUGGAUACAGCCAAGCUUCAUGAACCAGGGCAGAUGAAUAUUAAGCUUGAUCAACGGAAUCUUGUGAUGAUUGAUGUGGUUUUGUUGGAGAAUCAACUGCCUUAUGAAGUACUCAAGCUAUUGUGGAAAGAUAACAACGAGAAUGAAUUGAUAAUGACCAUGAAAAAUUUCCUCGGCUGUCAUCUUUGGGCCACACCAGAUAAUAAGAGGAACCAGAGGUGGCGACGCAAUCAAGAGACUAGCAAUAUGGUUCCAGACAGAAAAGGAAAAGAACAACAUAGUGUAUUAAUAAUGAAUGAAUCAGAGACACCCACGCAUCUUCUUGAUAUUACGCAUCUUCUUGAUCUUUAUCGUAAUAUCAUCCUCGGUACUUCUAAACCCAAGGUAGAAUAGAAAUUAGAGAAAAUGUAAAAUUUGUUACAAAAUUUUUUAUUUUAAAAAUAGAAACAGAUUUUGCCUUUUUCUGUUUCUAAAUUUGCUACGCGUUAUUAUAAUUACAAAGAUAAAAUAACACUAGUUUUAAAAUAUUUUUAUUUGCAAAAUGUAAUAUUUAUUAUUGUAAGAGGAAAUAAAUUUUGAAAUUUUAUUGUUAUGAUCCAAUCUAUUUCCGAUUAAAUUAUAGAUUAAAAGCAAUAAAGCUAACAAAGAGAUAUGGAGUAUGAAGAGUUUAGAUGAAAACGUCAAGAUGACGACAUACAGGAACAUACAAAAUCUAAGAACUGGAGGAAUAAGACUUGGAUCAAGCAAGACACGAAGUCCAAGAGACACGAAGCAAGACACGAAGUCCAAGUCAUCGACAUCGCAGUAAAUGAAUAAGACAAGUAUUCAUGGAAAUGGCAACACACGAAGUAUUGGUUCCAAAUUAUCCUGACAACAACAACAACCAUUUAAGAUAAUUUUUGUGAUAACUUCCUUUUUCUCUUUUUUUAUUAGUAAAAAACAAUAAAAGAGUGGCAGCCAUGAAAAAACUCGCACAUCUUAAAGGAGGAAGAAAACAUCUUAAAGAAGGGGGAAAUGGAGUUGAAGGCAAUGGAGGUCAUCGUGUUAGACACGUCCAUGAUGAAUGAGAGUCGACGUUAAGUUCAUGAAAAAUAUUGUAAUAAGCUCAAAGAAAA